AUGACCCCUGAAUUAGUGGAGUAUAUUAUUUACACAACAAUGAAAGAUUCUGAAAGGUUACCGAAGACUGAUAAUUAUGAUGAAGAUGAACUAGACCAUCCUUACUUUUUAGCCAAAAGGCUGCUUGAUUUGCAAGUUCCUUAUUACAGGUUCUUGUAUGAGAAAAUCCCAUUAUUGCAUGAACUAGUUAAAACAGUUCCUAUACCAAAAUUAAACACAGAUGGAUCACUAUUGCAUUACUACAUUUGGCUUUCAUAUCAUAUGAAUGAUUUGAAUGUCUUGGAACAAUUGUUUGAGAAACAUUUAACUAACCUUGACAUCAUCUCAAUUAACUAUAUUCUAAAGGGAUUCAUUAUGAAUUAUCAAGUUGAGUUUGCAAAGUCCUUAGUUCAUAAGCUUAUAGUUACUUCAACCACAGUUCUUCCAAAUCUGCUAUUUCAUUCAAUUGUCCUAAAUCUAAGAAAAGCUGAUUGUUUGUUGGAAAACUUGAAUUAUGUUCUCCUUCUUUGGUCUAAUUCCCCAACUUGUGAACCAAUUGCUCCUAAAACUUUAUAUUUCUUACUUCGUGAAUUCUAUGAAUAUGGAUCUGCACCUGAAAUAAGAGAUCUUAAACGACUCGUAAAGAAAUCAGGACAUGCCAAGUAUCAUUUAAUAACUUCAAUCAUGCUCCAACAAGAAAUUAAACAACGACAACCAUAUAACUUUAAGAAACAUCUCACACAAGAUGAUUUUAAUUUAAUUGAGAGAUUAUGUCCUACUUCUAGUCAUAAAGACAUAGAUGAGUAUUAUUACAGUUGGAUGAGAUUUAUGGUAAAUUAUUCCAAUAUGAAUCUGAUUCAAUUCAUAUUGAAGCAGUUAUCAAGAAACUCGAUACCUUUUACUACGAAAUACUUUGACUCAAUUCUUCAAUAUUAUGCGAAUGGCAGAGAAUUUGUUCCAAUGAUUCAAUUCAUUGAAUCGUCAAUGGAAACAGUUUGCUAUGAUUUGAAAUAUGUGGAGCAUAUAUUCCGGGCAUUUGUAGGAUGUUACAAUUAUCAAGCACACAAUUUUGCUACACAUUUGGAUCAUUGGAUACAAAGCAAGUAUAGCAAUAAUUUAUUUCCUGAUUGGCAGUUGAUUAAGCUGAAGUCACAAUCGACCCCCUAUUAUCUUCGUCAUAAUUUGAAUCGUAUAAAGUAUGAUUCAAAAGAGUGGGAAACAUUCAAAAAGGGAGAUAAUAGAAGUGAAAUUGAGAAUCAGAUUGAUUUCCGUGUGAAAGACGGAUUUGAAGAAGUCUACCAACGUGGGGUUAGACCAGAUUUCAACUUAAUCCUUCAAACUUUCCAAUUCACUCCACUGUUAAACUAUCGAUUAGUUUUACGUGAUCUCCUUUCUAAAUCUCAACUAUUAAACGAAAGAAAUUCAAGAACUCUCGAAAUUUUAUCAUUGCAGCAUCCUUCGCUUACCAAAGAGAAUUUGCUUAAUUAUUUUGAUGCAAAUAAAGACCGAUUAACUUCCCACCAAAAAAUCAUGUUUGCAAGGAUGUUAAUAAACCAUCAUCUCUGUUCAGAAGCUCGAUUUCUCUUCUCAACCAUUGAGGACGAUGACUUGAACGAUCUUUCCAGAAUGACAAUAUUGAAUUUCGAUAUUCGUGGUUUAAUCAUUGAAAAGGACUAUAACGGCAUCAUUGACAGACUAAAUGAAUUCCCAAUUGACAAAAUCAGUUUAUCGCCCUAUAUAGUUCGUCAAAUGAUGUAUCUUGAAAAAAGAAUAACUGGAAAAGUAAAGAAGAAGGAAAUAGAUAAUGAAUUGCUUGUCGAAGCAGAAGUGUGCUUAAAGAGGAUUAGAGGGUUUAUUGGUGAUUUGUCGGUUAGAUUAAGGAAGGAUGAAGAAGAUAUCCCGAAAAUAAUAGAUAAGACAUUCAAGAUUUUGACCAAAUGGAUGUCUCAUGGUAAAUAG